UAAUCAUUCGUGUUUGAGGAAGAUGGCGUCUGCAAAGAAGUCUGGGAGCGGUGUUCUUGAAAAAUCAGUAAACAGAAGACGCUCGUCAAAACACAAAGAAGGUCCAAUAGGUAGAUACUCAUUUAAUAAACAUACCCGCUUUAUUUGGUUGGCGAGUUGUCGCUCGUAAAUGACAUCCGCGCUCCCGGUUAGGUGUUGAGGGCACAGGACGCACAAGGACUUCAGCAUGAGUUCUGACAAGGUGAUGGACACCAAGGCAGUUUUCUCUGCUUUAUAUGAUGUGUGUGAAGAAAAUGCCACCUUCUUCUCUGGGGCCACGAAGGGCCAAGCCGGUGACGCAGCUCAGCGCCUGGUGGACACCAUGAGCACCAUCCAGGAGCACGCCCGGAGCCUGGAGCCAGUCAUCUCUGGAUUCGCUGCCAUCUAUCACCAUUUUGACUUUGACCCUCAUAUCCCUGCCAAUGGAUAUCGCUCCCUUGUUAAGGUGGUGCGCUGUUGCCUCCUCCACAUCAUUCACAAAGGGCGCUAUAUCACAUCCAACAGGCGAAGCAUCUUUUUCCGUGCGAGCCACAAUGCAGCAGAGAUGGAGGCGUACUGUAGCGCUCUGUGUCAGCUCAGGGCACUGCUUUAUCUAGCUCAGAGACUGCUUCAUGACAACAGCCACGGCAACCUCUUCUUCCAGGAGGAAAGUGGCAUCAGUCAGAGCUUCCUGAGAGAGUACGCCUCCAUGCACAAGGGCUGCUUCUACGGCCGCUGUGUUGGAUUUCAGUUUACUCCUGCCAUCCGUCCAUUCCUGCAGUCAAUUGCUAUUAGCCUGGUUGCCUUUGGAGUCAACUACAAGAAGCAUCAGUCAGGGAUAGGUGUAGCGGCCAGUUCUUUCCUGACCUCUGGGAAGUAUGCCAUUGACCCUGAUCUGAGAGGUCAGGAGUAUGAACGCAUCACUCAGAACCUGGAUGUUCAUUUCUGGAAGAGAUUCUGGAACAUAACAGAGACUGAAGUUCUAUCAAGUCUGGUGUCUAUGACGGCCACACAGGUGAAGGUGAAUCGAGCUCUUUCUGUUCCCCCCGUGCCCUUUGACCUGCCGUUGGUGGCAGAUCCCACCCACACGGUGACUGUUUCUCCUCCUGCAGCUCAUAUUGGCCCGGGGCCUGUGCAGAUGAGAUUGAUCUCAUAUGACCUGAGAGAAGGACAGGACAGUGAGAGAUUACUAGCACUGUGUCGCUCAGAGGGAGGCCCGAUAUCUCUUUCUUUGGGCCUGAAGACCAAGCGCAGUCCUCCUUCCCCAUGGCUGGUGUUGCACUUCCACGGAGGAGGCUUUGUGGCACAGACUUCCAAAUCACAUGAGCCGUAUUUGAGGAGCUGGUCUCAAGACCUGAAUGCCCCCAUCCUUUCGGUGGACUAUUCUCUGGCCCCUGAAGCCCCAUUUCCUCGGGCUUUGGAAGAAUGUUUCUAUGCCUACUGCUGGGCCAUCAAGAACCACAACCUGCUAGGUUGGACCGGUGAGCGUGUGUGUUUGGCCGGUGACAGCGCAGGAGGAAAUCUGUGUGUGACUGUGUCGAUGCGGGCCGCUGCUCACGGCGUGCGUAUGCCGGAUGGCAUCGUCGCUGCGUACCCUGCAACCCUGCUCACCGUGUACGCCUCGCCAUCCCGCUUGCUCAGCCUCAUGGACCCUCUGUUGCCCCUCAGUGUGCUCGCACGCUGCCUCAGCGCUUAUGCAGGCACAGAUCCACAGGCGGAGAAGCAGGUGGAGAAGGUGAGCACUUUGAGCAUGGUGAGGAGAGAUACUGCCCUGCUGCUCCGAGACUUCAGACAAGGGGCCUCCAACUGGAUCCAUUCACUGCUGGACAGAGGGAGUGCAGACUCCGUAAGAAAGAGUGUUUCAGAAGCCUCUCUGACCUCUCCACACGCAGACCCUCCGGUGUCCGGCAAGGCAUCUGAAUACUCCCUGGAGAAGGGGUCUCUGAAGAGCCAGACGUGCCAGGACUUGGGCACACACGCUAACAGCGGUGCCAGCAACGUACAGAAAAAUGCCAGCCACCUUAGCACCACCACAGCCAACCACAACUCCAUCCCUGACAUCACACUGACACCCGAGAGCAAGCCCGAGGAUGUGAGUUUCUUCCUCUGCAAAGAAGUGGAUCCCUCAGUAUCAGAAUCCUUUUCAUUUGUGGCCAUUCCGCCCCCUGGUGGUCAGGAGGACUCUGAGAAUCCCCGGGAGUUUCCAGAAGACUUUGAGCCUCUGCGUUCGGAACAAUUAGCAGAAAUGAACGUGCAGAGUUCUCCCAUUGUCAGAAACCCUUACAUGUCCCCUCUUCUGGCUCCAGACAGCAUGCUAAAGGGACUACCUCCGGUACACCUAGUGGCCUGUCAUCUGGACCCCAUGCUAGAUGACUCUGUGAUGUUUGCCAAAAGGCUGCAAAAUAUCGGUCAGCCAGUGACCCUUUGUGUUGUGGAUGACCUUCCUCAUGGCUUCCUCAGUCUGUCCCAGCUCUCGAGGGAAACUCGGGAAGCUGCUAACGUAUGCAUGGAGCGAAUCAGGGAUGUCUUCACCAUGAAAGACCCUCCCCCAGAGAUGCGCAUGCACCACAAACUGGAACGAACCAACCAGAAGCCUUCUGCUACCAAAAGAGACCACACUCAGCUCUCGCAAGUGACUGUGCAGCAGGAGGAGGAGGAGGAGGAGGGGCUAUCUGUUGGGGGAGGGGCUUCUGUUGUGGAUGAGGAGGGGCUUACUAGUUUUUACCUUCCCACUAAAGCUGAAGCUGAAAAGAUUCCAGCUUAGAUUUUGGCCUGAAUAAUACCAAAAGAGAUACAUAUGGUCAGAGCAAGGUCAUGUUAUGUGAAUAAUGAAGUGAUUAUAGCGGACAAGAGUAUAGAGAGAAAGAUAAAGGAAUUAACCAACUAUAAAAUUAAAACUUAUGAAAUACAUUCUUAAUUAUUUAGUUAUAGAGUGGAUAAAGUUCAAAUUACAAUAGAACACCUCCAGCUUUAUUACUGUACCUAAAUGUGAUUGUGAACAUUUGUACUCCCUUUACAUGUUUACCACUUUGCCUUUGUUGCGCUAUACCAGCACAAAAUCUAAUAUCCUGCCUUUUACAAAAACAUCCCAGCACAUAACUGUCACUGAAAGACGUUACAAAUGGAUGUAUAAACCCUAACCUCACUACUUAGAGCACUAUAACUAUUCUUAUACGUUAAUGAAAUCAGUCUACAAACUGUGAUUCAAUAUUACACCUGUGUGUUACACACUAAACUCCAUAGAAUGCAUUGCUGCUAGGCAUCCUGGGGCUAACUGACAAGAGCAUUUAUUAAUGGUAGAAUUUUUUUUCUUUAUAGCAGCUUUUGAAUUAUUUAUGACACCGAUUUAUAAUAUGGUGUUACUGUGUAUGUUAAUCACCGUUUAUUAAUCUGCCUGCCUCUCGGCUCCUAGAGGACGUCCUGUGCGAGUAGCGUUUGAAUAGGAUUUCUGAUGCUGCUUUGUCCUCAUAGAGUUGGGUGUUUAUGAAAUGCAAUUAAUCGUUCAUUAAUUAAAGCGUUCUGUGGAAGUAAGGCUCAAGUUACACAAGACCGCAUAGAAAUUGUGACAUAAUGUUGUGUUCUAUGAUGGUCUUGUUAUAUUUAAAAUAAUAGUCGAUUUUGUUAUAUAUUAUCUUCAUAAUGGCUUAGUGAAUUGUGUUUGGUUUGCUGUAAAGUGCUAGUUCGUCUGAAAAUGAAUGUUUUCAUGUUUUCACACUCACAUCAUUUCAAACCUGUCUGAUGAUUUCUUUAAGAACGUUUCGGCUGUUUUUGCCCAAACAAUGAAAGCCACUGGGGUCCAAAACAACCCAACACGGGUCUCCUUUGACUUUUAUUCUGUGGGCAAAAAAACUGAGAAUAUGUUCCACAAAACAACGAAAGUCAUUCAGCUUUGGAACGACUCAGUGUUUGGAUUAAUUUCUCUUUAGUGUCUUAUGUGGUGUUGAAGUGGCAUAAUUUGACUCAUUAAGGUUUGUUUAUCAUAAUCAUACUGUAAUCACAUUUAUCUGUACAGUUAAACUAUAGAUUAGUUUGCUUGUCAAAAAGACAAGAAUAUAUAUACUGAUUUAAAAUCUGAACAAAAACUGCACACUCUAUCGCCUCCUCUGUGUCGUUCUCUGUCAUGUCAGCACAAGUUUCCAUUACUUUUUCCUAUCCCUUGUUCCUUCGGUCAGUUUGUUUCCCUUUGUUAGCAAUCGUGUCUUCUGUCCCUGUGCACGCCGACCCAUUUUGAGCGCACCUCAGUUCUUCAAUUCUCACCCAGCCCGUCCUAGAGGUAUUUUAAGCAGACUCCCUUAACACCCAGCAACCUUGAGCCAAUGAAAUCUUUCAGCUUGCACAUGUGUGAUGCAUACCGCUGUGAUAGUGCGUCUCUAUUUGAAUCAAGUUGCCUCUUUCUCCGGCACUGAUUGACUCUAUUGACUCUCAGAAAAAAAAAAUAGCUAACAUUUUGUCACUCCAUAAAGUUUAUUAGUGCUGUAUGUGAGGUUUGGGACUUUGUGUGCACAGCUUUGCUGAGUGUGUUUAUAUAGAUCACAUAGCCUAUUUAAACUAUUGUCAACUUUGUUAUGAAACAACAAGUUAUAACUCCACUUGAUGACAUUUUAAGCUUUGCUCAGCUAAGUGGCACAAUGCGACAUGUCUUUUGGGACUUUAUAUAUCCCUGGCAAAGGCCUCUUCUUUAUCGGAGCGUCUGUGAUUGGAUUAACCCAGAGCUAUGUGCUGAGAGAAAACAAUGCUCCAUCUGCUGAUUGCAGCAUUUGAGCGUUAGUUUAUAAGAGUGUCACGAUAUCAAAAGAUUUGCUUGCUUGCUGUUUUCACCGUGUCAGAGCUGCUCCUUUCUGGUGACAGAUUUGAAAUACCAAAUCUUGGUUGUUUUGCAGAUUCUGAUGACAUGUGUAUGUUACACAUGUCUGAUCAUUUGUGCUUCUGGGUGUUUGUGUCAGAUGGUUCCUGUUUCAGUUAAUAUGUGCAUGUUCAGAAACGCGUUUGUCGCACUUUGUGUUAUAGUGGUGCUUGGAAAAGCUUCUCAGUGUCACUGUGCUAGUAGAUGUGAGGGCCAUUGUGUGUAGUCCCUUCAUGGAACCAUGACUAAAACAACCAGAACUAGGAAAGGAAUGAUAAGACACUGACGCCCUCUGGUUAUCUGUUCCAGGUGAGUUGUGUCUAAGCCUUUUUUUUUUACAUUUUGGGUUGGACAGUGUAACCUUGAAUGCACUGCUGAGCAUUUCCACCUUGUUUUUUUUCACCACUUUGUGUGUGUGUGACACUCAAACAGCCUUCCUUUAGAGAGAGAUUACUCAUUCAUCUCAAGGGUGUUAUAUAAAACACUGUGUUCAUUUAGUCCUGCUUAAAUGGCCAUACCUGUGUUACCGAGGCGAAACUGUGCCGCAUCAUCUCAUCUCAGAGACAAGCCCACUGAGUCGUGUCACUGCAUUUACAUCUGUUCUCAAGACUUAAUAGUCAAUCUGUCACUGACUUGGAGUUUUAAUCAGUAGGUUGGUGUUUUGUUGUGUCAGAAUGGAUUUGUUGCAAGUGGUUUUGAGCUCCUGUCCUCCUUGAAGUCCACUGGCGGUGACUCUUUAAGUGCAGGCUGUAAUGACCACUGCAGUAUCAUUUGCGAGGUUGCUGAUGUCUAUUCUCUCCUCACUUUCACUGCCGUCAUUGAGUGAUACAAAAUUCAGAUUGACUGCACAGUAUGUCCCCGGCAAACUUUUGCGUUUAGUCAGACAUGAUGUUUUCAGGACCGUCUCUGCAAAUAAGCACUUUAUAGUUAAGUGUAAAAAGCAGCAUAUUUGAUCCUGGGCCACAAAACCAGUCAUAAGUCCCACGCGUGAAUUUGUAGUAAUAGCCAACAAUUCACAUAUCCUAACAAACCAUACCUCAAUGGAAAGCUUAUUUAUUCAUGAUGUAUAAUGUAUGCAUAUCAAUUUAAAAAAAAAAAUUGCCCCUUAUGGCUGGUUUUGAAGUCCAGGGUCACAUAUAGGGUGGCAUGGAGGUUUCAGAUGACGAAGUUUUUUUAUAUGCGUUGUUUAAUAAUAUUUUUUGUUUAUGAUUUAUUUUACAUUUUUUAGCAAUACUAUUCAUAAUAUUAUAUUAGUAAUAGUAAUUAUAAUGAUUAUUCUUGUUAUUGAUAUUUUUGUUAUUAUUGUUGUUGUUGUUAUUAUUCCUCAUGUAAAGACACCAUAAGUGCAAACCUGUGUAUUUGGAAUGUAACGUUACUGUAAAUGCAUUGAUGAGAUUUAUUGUAUAUAGAGAUAAUUAAACUCUUAAGUUGUUGUUUUUUUUGUUCUUAGACAGAGUAUUUUUGAGAAGGGGAGGACUGUGGGAAUGAUAACUGAGAGUAUUUUUCUGCAGUAUGUAUUUUUUCCCUGUGUUGAUUUAUAUUUGAAUAAAUAUUUUCUCUGCA